CGGGAAUCUCGGCCUCGUAGGUAGGCGAUCGUUGUCACCGACGAACGUGAAUCUCGUCUGUUGUUAUGUUUUGUUUUUGGCCACUCACCCUUAUCAUCGAGAAACAUCAAUCUCUGAGAUACGUGGCUCCAUUGCCUUCCACAUUUUUGUUGCAUGCGAAGAAGAAAGACGAGUUGUUGAGACUGUUUGUCUGAAACUCUGAAAGAAAAAAGGUACGAAAAUGACGGAGGAAACACCAAGAUAUGCUGUAGUUACUGGAGCAAACAGGGGAAUUGGGUUGGAGAUCUGCAGACAAUUAGCGAGCAAUGGGAUAAGGGUUGUUUUGACAUCUAGAGAUGUGAAGAGAGGACUUGAAGCUGUUGAAACACUGAGGCAGGAGAUUGGAGUUUCUGAUCAAAGCCUUCUCUUUCAUCAGCUUGAUGUCACUGAUCCUGCUAGUGUCACAUCUCUUGCCGAGUUUGUGAAAACCCAAUUUGGAAAACUCGACAUAUUGAUAAAUAAUGCAGGGGUUGGUGGUACAAUCACUGAUGUUGAAACUCUACAAGCUGGAGCAGGGAAAGUAGGUUUCAACUGGGAGGAAACUAUCACUGAGAAUUAUGAGCUAGCUAAAGAAUGCAUGAAUAUUAAUUACUAUGGACCAAAGAGAAUGUGUGAGGCGUUUAUUCCACUCUUGAAGUUAUCUGAUUCUCCUAGAAUCGUCAAUGUAUCAUCCUUCAUGGGUCAACUAAAGAAUAUAUUUAACGAAUGGGCAAAAGGAGUUCUGAGCGACGCAGAGAAUCUAACUGAGGAGAGAAUCGACGAAGUAAUUAACAAACUUCUCGAAGAAUUCAAAGAAGGAAAGGUUAAGACAAAAGACUGGGCUAGUGUUAUGGCCGCUUACGUGGUUUCCAAGGCAGGGCUGAACGGUUACACGAGGAUCAUAGCCAAGAAACAUCCUGAGAUUCGCGUGAAUGCUGUUUGUCCUGGCUUUGUUAAGACAGAUAUGAAUUACAACACUGGAGUUUUGUCUGUGGAAGAAGGAGCAUCAAGUCCUGUGAGGUUGGCUUUGCUUCCACAUCAAGAAACUAAUUCUGGUUGUUUCUUUUACCGCAAGCAACUCUCAGAGUUCUGAAUUUUCUGCAUGAGAAGUAUCAUAAACUUCCAAAAAAGUAAUUAAUGUAAUCGGAGAAUGAUUGUUUAAUCUACAUAAUGAUAUUGUCACAGAGAUUGAGCUAGCUCAAUCAACAUAUUGUUA